CGUACAACCCGCUUGUCGCGAUGGCGAUGGCGAUGGCGAUGGCGAUGGCGAUGGCGAUGACAGGCAGCAGCGAUUCCACAGCGAUCAGCAGUAGCGAAGAUGGCGCUGAUCUGUGUUAUGUCAGAUUUUUAAAAUUGAUUUGAACCUUCGUCGGGAGCCCUUUUUCUGUCGAACGCGACGUCGCGCGAGGGACCGAUCCGGCCGUUGCCAUUUGCGCGCUACGUCGUGAUCGCAUCGCGAAUCGCGAGCGUCGGCGAUGCUCGCGGUGAGUCACGUGUAGUAGUCGCGCGUAGCGUUUCGCCCCUAACCUAGAACUACUCGCCCGUUGAACCUUGAACCGUUUUGUCUCUUUCGAAGUCUUCUUGGGAUUUUCCUCAUGGGACACCGCGAGUCCGCGACGAGGUGCGGAAAGGGUGCUGUCGACUGACCACUGAGCGUUAACGGAAAAAGAGGGAGGAUCGGACACCGAGAGACGUGUGACGGAAGAUUCUGAUCGAGGAUUCCUCGCGUGAUCCUAGCAGCGAAGACGUGAGUCCGGACUCUCACCCCUACCGAUCGUCACCGAUCAGCGCGUUGCCGGUGAGCACUGUUCGAUUGGAUGCGGCUGAGAUCAACAUCCGGCUGAGAGAUGCCAAAGAUCAGGAUCAAGCAGACGCCGAACAGUCUCUGGUUAAGGCAACGCGAGCUGGGUGUCAAGUUCCCGCUAGGCCAUAGCGACGACUUUCACAAGACUCUCUACUCCUCCAUCCAGCCCAUCACCUCGUGGGACCACGGAGAUAAUCUGACCGCCGCCAGGCAUGGUGGAGUAUUCAAUUUGGAAUACUCUCCCGAUGGGUCUCUCUUGCUGGCGGCAUGCGAAAAGAAAAGUAUUUUAAUGUUCGAUCCAUUAUGUAGGAAAUUGAUACACGCGAUAGAUAAUGCUCAUAGUGACUGCGUCAAUUGCGUGAGGUUUCUGGAUCAGCGUAUGUUUGCAACUUGCUCAGAUGACAGUACGGUCGCUCUGUGGGACGCCAGAAACUUGAAGCAGAGGAUAAGGACGCUUCAAGGACAUUCAAAUUGGGUUAAAAACAUAGAGUACAGUCCGAGCGAUAGCUUAUUAUUGACCAGUGGAUUUGACGGUAGUAUAUACACUUGGGAUAUCAACAGUUUUACAGAAAAUAGCUUUGUGUACAAUCGUGUGUUUCAUACAAAUGGACUAAUGCGGACGAGACUCACUCCCGACACUAACAAAAUGUUGAUAUGCACUACUUCAGGAUAUCUCAUCAUAAUACAUAAUCUUAAACUUAGUACAUUAAGCCAGGAUUUGGCGGGAUUCAAGCCAAACAUGUACAGAUUGAUGCAGUUAUCUCAAACCACCAUACCGGUUGCGGCGAGUUACACGCAUCUUUUUGCUCACACUCGUACCCAUAAUAGAGUAGAAUUCCUCACCGAUUUUCCUAUAGGCGACGACGCCGAGGUAAUAUCCAGCCUACAAGUUCACCCACAGGGAUGGUGCGCCCUGUCCCGAAAUGUCAGCAGUGGAGAAAAAUCGGAGUGGACGUGCGUUCACGAUAUACAAGAACGCGAGCCAUCCAGCAAUGUGGAACAAGUGAACGAGGGGGAGGAGGGUCGCUUGACGAGUCUAAACGUGGAAGAGUUUGAGGACUUUCCUCAAUCGCAGUCAUCACGCCCGGGAAUGACGUCUUCCUUCGUGAUAGAAAACGGGAAUCGUGCACGAUUAGUGCACGACGUGUCAGACAUGAGAUCGAAUUCGUUCGAUUCGCCUAUUCGCGUGUCUGCGGACGCUGCCCCGUCGUCUAUCAGAUCGUCGUCGAGGACAAGCUGGCAGGUGACGGCGCGCCGGAAUCUGCGAUCUCAGUCGAGGAGCCCGCGCCCGGAUAGAAAUGAGCGAGUGACAACGAACUUCGACAUGGUCGAGGUCAGUUCGAGUACGAGCGCCGCCGGCGCCGAUUCUAGGGUAAAUGCGAUUCACGACGAUGAUAGACCAGAGGAUCAGCACGUAGAUGAUAACGACAAUUCGGCGCACGAUGCAUCAGCCGACGAGAGGGAAUACAGAUCUCCCCGAUCGCAUUCUCAGCUCAAUGACUUGCGGCGCCGUAAUAUGAUCGACAAUUUCACUAGUGGCAACGUAGAAUUGCAUGUGAGCACAACUGAUGUGUGGGAAGCGCUAGUAGCAAUCAGGGAAGCUAGACUUCGCAGAGAACGGGACAGGCAGUUUUAUCCAUCUAGCGGCCAUAGAAGAGAAAUUCGGAUCCCCAGGUCGAACAACGGCGUGAGCGUCAAUCUUCCUCGCUCGUCGCACACGGUCGUAAUAAUCGGUGACCGUACUCAAGUGCAGAAUUUGCAGAACCGACAAAAUUUGCAAACCAUGUACGCGAUACCUAGGAACCACAAGAUUCAUCAGAAUACACCCAGGUUGACGCACUACAUCGAGGAGCCUAAUGUCGGCUCCGGUUAUAUCAAGGAGUUGUGCUUCUCGGCUGAUGGUAGAUUGAUAUGCUCGCCGUUUGGUUAUGGAGUGCGAUUACUCGCGUUCUCGAGUAACUGCUCCGAGCUAUCCAAUUGCGUUCCACCCGCCAACGAGUCGGUACUGCUCCACGAAUUAGCGACACAUAUUGGCCAUUCCGAUAUUGUUGUUAGCACGAAAUUCUCACCUAAACACUACCUGCUUGUGUCUGGUUGCCUCAGUGGCAAAAUCGUCUGGCACCAACCGGUGGUUUAGCUAAAUGAAUAAUUGCUAUAGGCGCUUUGUUAUUUUUCAUCGACCGGUCUCCUGGUAGGUAGAUAUAUUUUACCGCUUUGUACACAAGAUCACGCUGACUGCAACGUGUGUGUAUGUGUGUGUAUAUGUGUGUAUGUGUAUGUGAGAUAAUCUUUUUGUUAACAUUAUAUAAUUUAUAUGAUUAUAUAUAUAUAUAAUUACAUAAUUAUAUUUUUACUUGAUAUAUGCCUUUUUAAUGAAUGUUAUUUAAUAUAUUAUGCCAAUAUAGUGAUACAUGUAUAGAUAUGUAUGCAGUCCACUUUUUCUACUACUUAAUUACACCUUUUAUUUCGAGAGAAAAGAAGUUUUGCGAUAUUUAUUUUAUGUUUCAGUUUAAAAAAAGAAAAAUUACCACUGCUUAGUAGCAUAUCCAUAUAUGUAAUUCGUGAUGGCGUGAUUCACACGUGUACACGAUAGAAUGUAUUAAAUAAAUAAUUAUUGACAUCUUGUUGCUAUUUAUCAUGAUGAUGGCGAUAUGAAUAAUGAGAAAAAACAUUACAUUCUUACGAUCGUGUUAGUAACGUGAUCAAUUUUUUUGUGUUCUUAUUUAUUAGUAUGAAAUGGUACGGAGAAAGUCCGUGACAUUUCAUAUAUGCACGUAAAGAGCGUAAAGACAAGUGAUAUAAGUAUUCAUGAAAUAAAUAUAUUUCUAUCACUUAUCUCUGAUUGAUAAUAAAUACAAAAUCAAGAAUUAAAUUCUUGAUUUGUUGUGCAAUAUAUUGCAGAUGCCCAAUGUUUUUGAUCUUAUUAAAGGUUAAUACAAAUAAGUUGAAUAUUAUCGCUCGUAAAAACUCUCUUAACGAGAAAGAUAAUUCUACGAUUUCUAUUUCUACGUCACUAGUUGUAAUGGCAAGUUUUUUAGCUUUCUGAAAAAUUAUUUCUUAUUAAAAAGAACCCUUUAUUUCCUUCACGGAAGGAAAAAAAAGGAUAAAAAAAGAAGGAAGGAUUAAAAAAUUAAGUUUUCUUUUCAUUUAUUCAUAUUUUUGGUGCGCAUUUCGUAAAAAAAUUUUUUUUAGAAUAAAUUUUUGAUCAAAGAACUGUCAAUACCGUAGUGAUAUGAAAAAUACAGUCGAUGAUUGUGUAAACAUUUCAUGAAAUUUCUAAAUAUGUAACAAAACUUUUUAAUUAUAUUUUUAAUUGUCCAGUCCAGGAUUGGCGUUGCAUCAAAGUUAUUGUAGCUUCAUUAAAUCGUCAGAAUUUUUGUUUAUGUCUAAUAAAAUUGUCGCUAAUAGUAGAAAAUGCGAAAUUCAUGCUUUAUUUCUUCUUUGCGUGUACCUAUCCAAUAUUACUGUCUCGUAAACACGCAUUUUAUAGUGUAAUAAAGACUUGUUAUUACGGGCAUUUUUAUCAUGAAAGAAUUUGAAAACAGUUAUCAAGUCGAAUUCAAAGCUAUAUUGUAAUUUUUUGCAAGAAUGAUAUAUUUAAGAAAAUCGUGUUUUUCUCUAAUCAAUUUACAUUGUAAUUUUAAAAUUAUAAUGUACGUUAUUUUUAUGCUUAAUUUUUCAUCUAUAAAAGAAAAUAAUAUUGUAAUACAAUAAUAUUUCAUAUGAUAUUUAAAUAUCCUUUAUAUCAUCUUUGUAAAAGUGAAAAUUUAAAAGCAAAGUUAUAUCUGUUAAUUGGAAUAACAUACUUUUCUCACAUUUUCCCGAGAAUGUCCGCAAUAUAUUUUAAUCGUAUUUAAUACGAUAAAAAGAGAAACCUAAUUGGAUUAUUUACGCGAGGUGAAACAUGAAAUUAAUCGACUGUUACAUACACGCAAUAGUGCAGUAAAUAGUAAUUUGCAAUACUGUAUGUAUAGAAAUAGAAGAAGUUAUCGAUUAUUUAUAGAGAUAAUAUAUCAUCGAGGGGUACAUACAACUGGAUGUAUAAAAAUCUGUAAUUAUUUAAACCUCUCCUCCCCCAAUAAAAAAAUAAUUAACCAAGUGUUCAAACUUGUAACAAGAUUUGUAUAAUUAAUAAGAAUAUAUAGCAGAUCCUGUAAUUUAAAAAA